AUGCCUACUUUAAUCGAUAUUCCAGAAACUGUACUAGACCAGAUUUUGGAAAACUGUGAUUUUCGAGCAAUAAUCUGUCUCCGAAAAGUUUGCCAAUCUCUUCGCGAUUAUAUAGAUAAAUCCAUUCCUGAUUCAAGACUGUCAUCUCUCGAAUUGUCUGUUCUCGAAGACAGUGCUGUUGUUCGUUACGGAAAAUUCGGAACAGUUCAGUACGCAAAGGAAGAGAAUGGAUGUAGUCUGGACCCAGGAUAUUUGGCAGAGAGGAAACAUUUUGAGAACGAAAAUUUCAUGAUUCUUUUUUUCAACGACUUCAAAUUUGCCAUCAAACAUCAGAAAACAACAUUGGAUAUGUGUAAUUUGAAAUGUCUCGCAGAAUCUGGUUUGGGGAACUUUCUAGAAGAACUAAAAGAAAUUUUGAAAUCUAGAAGAACUUUUCUGAAAUCUGAAGAAGUCCACAUUGAGAUUAUUAAUCAUAGGGAUAUUAUGUCAUAUUUACCGUAUCUCGAUUCAAAUGUUCUGGAAAAUAUAUGGAUUUUCGAUACUCUGGGCCGAGAGCCCAAACAAUUAUUGGAACUUCGAGAGCUUGUAGAAUUGGAGCAGUGGAAAAACGCCAAGCAGAUUGGAAUUCCAACAUUUUUCAUCUCAAAUAACGAUCUGGAACAGUUUCUCCAUCUCCGGCAUUCUCUAUUUUGUUUGGAAACAGUUAGCAUGGAAUGUUUGAAGUUCUUGAGAGAGAAAAUCAUCUCAUCUGGAAUUAUUGAAAUUUUAGAUUUCAAUUAUGAUCAUUUUGAUGGAGAUGAUCGAAGUCUUGUUGAGAUGUUUGGAAUGGUUUCCGUGGAAGAUGAAAUUGGUAAAAAAUGGUAUUUCAAAAAAGAGGACCAGGAGAGAAAAAUAUGGGAAUUUUCACAUGAGACAUUUGAAAAUCCACGUUUUGCGUUUUGCAGUCUCAAAGAAGAUCAAGUACCUGAUAGAGCAGUGAUUAAGGUUUUAUCAUAA